GGGGGGGGGGGAGGGGGCCCUGCCCCCAGCCGGGCUCUGGGACCCCCCUGGGUCACCCCCUGGUGACAGUCGCCAUGGCAACGCCUGGUGGCAUUGGCGCCAGGCCCAGAGCACCUCCACGGCCUCCCGUUGCCAUGGCGACACGCGGGUGCCGUUACCAUGGCGACAGGCCCGUGGUGGCGGCGGGCUCUGCUCAGCCGUUGCCAUGGCGACGCAGGGGGGGGGCUGUUACCAUGGCGCCCUCCCAGCCAAUCACCGCGGGCUCUGGUUGCCAUAGCGACGCCCCGCCCCUUUCCGUGCGUGACGCCACGGCGGCGAAAGCUCCGCCCCCCCGUUACUAUGACAACGGAGAAAGCCACGCCCACUGUUACCAUGACAACAGAGGAAGCCCCGCCCCCGUUGCCAUGCCAACGCCCCCUCCCUUCCCGCGAGCCUCCGGGAUCCCCUCCCCUUUCUUCCCCACCGCGCCUGCGCGCCGCUCCCUUUUCCCCUGACGUCACGCUCCCCGCGGGCUCUGAUUGGCCGGCGCCUGGGCGCGGCCGGAAGGUUCUGGAGGCGGCGGCGUCGCUCUGGAAGGUUCCGCCGGGGCCUAUUUAAGCGGCGGGGCCGGGGCCGGGCCUAGGGGCCGGGUGGCGGCGGGGAGCCGGGAGCGGGGCUGCGGGGAUGGGGAAGGGGAAGGAUUAUUACCGCACGCUGGGGCUGUCCCGGGGGGCCUCGGACGAGGAGGUGAAGCGGGCCUACCGGCGGCAGGCGCUGCGCUUCCACCCCGACAAGAACAAGGAGCCCGGCGCCGAGGAGCGCUUCAAGGAGGUGGCCGAGGCCUACGACGUCCUCAGCGACCCCAAGAAGAGGGAGAUCUUCGACAAGUACGGCGAGGAGGGGCUGAAAGGCGGCGCCCCCACCUCGGGGGCUGGGGGGGGCAACGGCCCCACCUUCACCUACACGUUCCGCGGCGACCCCCACGCCAUGUUCGCCGAAUUUUUCGACGGCCGCAACCCCUUCGACACCUUCUUCGUGCAGCGCAACGGCGACGAGGAGAUGGACGUGGACGACGCCUUCACCACCUUCCACAUGGGGGGGGGCUUCGGAAACAUCAGCUUCCCCCGCGGCCGGGGAGGGGGUGGCCAGGAAGGGGGUCGUAAGCAGGACCCCCCCGUCCUUUAUGACCUGAAGGUGUCCCUGGAGGAGAUUUACUCCGGCUGCACCAAAAAGAUGAAAAUCUCCCACAAACGCCUCAACCCCGACGGCAAAACCGUGCGCACCGAGGACAAAAUCCUCACCAUCGAGGUGAAACGGGGCUGGAAGGAGGGCACCAAAAUCACCUUCCCCAAAGAGGGGGACCAGACCCCCACCAACAUCCCCGCCGACAUCGUCUUUGUUGUAAAAGACAAGCCCCACGCCGUCUUCCGCCGCGAGGGCUCCGACAUCAUCUACCCGGCCAAAAUCAGCCUCCGCGAGGCGCUGUGCGGGUGCACGGUGAACACGCCGACGCUGGACGGCCGCACCAUCCCCAUGGUCUUCAAGGACGUGCUGAAGCCCGGCGUCAAGCGGCGCAUCCCCGGCGAGGGGCUCCCGUACCCCAAGACCCCCGAGCAGCGCGGGGACCUCAUCAUCGAGUUCGAGGUCCGCUUCCCCGACAGGAUCCCCCCCUCCUCCAAGCCCAUCCUGGAGCAGAUCCUGCCCGUCUAGCGCCCGCCGCGCGGACUCGGGGGGGUGCUUUUGGGGUGGUUUUCAUCUUUUCUCAAAGUUUCGGGGGGUUUCUGCCCUUUUUCUUCGAGUUUGGGGUCUCCCCGGCGGAGGGGGGGCAGUUGGUCCCCCAAAAAGAGCCCCCGGGGUGGC